UGUAAAGUGCCAAUAAUGAUUAAAAAAAAAAGAUUUAGAGGGUAAUUUCAGCCUUAUUGUUGACUUACUUCUUCCUCAUUGCGCCAUUCUGGGCUUUCUUGAUUCUUCCAUUCAAAUUCCUUUGAACUCAUCCUCCAAAUUUAUCUCUCUUGUUAUUCUUAUAAUUCUUCUUCUAUAUUACUUAAACGCUAAAAUCAAACAAAUUGAACCCUGCAAAUUUCUCAAUUUCCAAUUUUGGACCAUUAUUUUUUUCUGGGUAUUUUUCAGUUCCUUCAUCUUCUGAUUGCCAGAUUAUUUACAAUUCAAGUUUUGCAACCAGGCAGAUAUAUACCGUUUGUGGUGUAUGUUUUCAAGAUGUCCACAAGCUCCAAGAGUGAUACUGAUGACUCCAAUUUUGAUGUAGAGGAACUAUUACAUAUUGAAGCAAGAUGUAGAGAGUUAAGAAGAGAGAAGGACUUGUUAAAAGAAACGCAAUCCCAAAGCUUUGACUUGAUCAAAAGACUGGAGCUGCAUGUAAGAAGACUGAAUGAGGUUCGCUUGGAAGAUAGGAGGCGCAUUCAGGAGUUAGAAAAAGAGUUGAAAAACUGCCAUCAGGAAAUUGACUUUUUGCAGGAUGAGCUGAAUGCAAGGAACGCAGAUGUGAAUCAUUUGGAAGAGCGUCUUGGGAGCUUCGAGAUGAAAAUAGUUAACUUUGACCUUUUGGAGGAGGAAGUUGUCGGUCUAAGGGAGGAACUGAAGAGUUCAAACUCGGAGUGUGAUUUCUUAGUUCAAGAGCUAGGCACUAAAGAAACACAACUCCAUCAAUCAAGAUUGCAUAUAGAAAAACUAGAAGAGUCUAUUGCCUCUAAUGCAUUGGAGUACCAAUGUGAAAUAGAGAGCUUGAGGUUGGAAAUGAUGGCCUUUGAUCAAAGCAGUUGUGAGUCUAAAGAUUUCAAGGGUAAUGGAGAUAAAAUGUGCCAUGACCUCCAUGAAUAUGAAGAACUUAUUAAGCAGCUUAAGGAAGAACUUAAGAAAGAGAAAUUUAGAGCAAAAGAAGAAGCAGAGGACCUCGCGCAAGAAAUGGCAGAAUUGAGGUACCAAAUGACAGAGUUACUGGAAGAAGAGCGUAAACGCCGUGCUUGCAUUGAACAAGCCUCGUUACAGAGAAUAUCUGAGCUAGAAGCACAGCUUCUGAUAGAGCAGAGGAAAUCUGUUGGCCCUCUUCAGAGCAUUUGUGAAGCAUAAUAGUUUUGAUGAGUUCAAUACUGUUUUGCUCUGUAAGAUUUUGUAAACUUAAGAGGAUUACCUGAACAGGGUUUCUAUAACUGUAUAUAAAGCCUCCUCAUUCUUCCUUAAGGUUUUCUCCUCCAAGAGCACCAUCAUAAUCAAGCUCUAUCUCACCGCAACCAAGUCCACCGCCAUUAAAGAACCUACUAUCAACCAACAAAACCACCUCUCAUUCCAGCCCUCCUUCAGAGAUCAAUCGGGAACCCAUCGAACCCACUACUCGUUGGCAAGGUCAACGAGCCCUGUCGAAACACCCCCAGUGAAAACCAUGUCCGUGAACCGCAUCCUCUCCUGAUCAACGGUCAUGCUGAGCUUUUCCACAAAGGAAAUAACACAGACCAGGACCCCUCCCUGAUUCACACAUAAUCCAUUUUGGUAUUGGGGUUGGGUACAUGGUGCGAAUUGAUCAAAACUUUGUGGCUUUAUACACGGAUUAUGCUGAAACGCUAGAGUAUUAUCCAUCAUCAAUAUAUCUCUGCUUCAAUGGCAGACCAAUAUCUCCUUUGACAAUAGUUGGAGAGUCGGGGGUCAGAGACAAUUCUGGAGCUAAUCGAAUUAAUAACUGGAACUUUUUAACUUUUGGAGUACUGUUCAUGUACUUACUUUGACCAGUAAUUUGGGACUAAUAUAUAAUAUAAUACAAUAUUUACCAAUGAGCA